CGACAGUCACUGCUUUCACAUGACGUAAAAAGCAGAACACUCGGUUCUCGAUUUGAUUUUGAACAUUCCAAAAGAAGAUAUGGCAGAAUUAUCCGAGGAGUUUGUCUCAUCCCUCGCCCGCAUCGGCACGGACAUUCCUGACUUCAGGUGGUACCUAUCAGCCAUUGUGUUCCUCGGCGCUGCGAACUACCCAGAACACAUCCCUUAUCUAUACCAGCAAUUACUCAAACACCAUAUACAUGAAGAAGAGCACUUUGAGGCCACAAAAGCACUACGAGAGUCAUUUACAAAGGCCUCCGCCAUCAUGGGCGCAGCAAGGACAGGCAAUGCCAUCCGCCUCCUCGGCACUGCUACUCUGCCCCACCUAAAGGAUACCACCUUCCACCGCUCAGGUCUCACCGACGACAGCGUCACCGUACCCCGUGGCAAGGCUCUGCACACCAAGAUCUACGGGCAGAACGUGCUCUUCGACGGCUCACGCACCGUCGACGCCUCGCUUGACUAUGCUUACGUCGUUCGUGAGCUCUUCUACGGGAAGAUCUUCUCGUUUGAAGGGAUUCUGGGGUUCCGCGAGACGGAACAAGUGAUUGUCGCAGCGCUAAUAGGGGUUGAUUGUAUGAAUCAGGUCAGUCAUCAUAUGUUUGGGAUGAGGGUAAAUGGGGUUGGGAAGACGGAGGUGGAGGCGAAUCGUCAGAUUUGUUUAGCUAUUGCGGCGGAGUUGGAGAUUGGGUUUAAAGAGGGCGUUAUUGAAGUUCCUGACGUGCCGGAGUAGAGCUUUGAAUUGUAAUGCC